AUGAGCCCGCAUCUUGGCGUUCUACUGGAGAGGUUUUGCGAAACAUUAAGGAUGAUAUACCUUGGAAGUUUCCUGCUGUUCUGUGGGCUUACGCAUGUCAUGGCAAGCUAUCCCAUCUGGUGGUCACUAGCAAUGGGCCACCAGUACUCAUCAAUAGGUACCCAACCUAUCCUUUGUGGCAGCAUACCAGGUCUGGUGCCCAAGCAGCUGCGCUUCUGUCGAAACUACGUUGAGAUCAUGCCCAGCGUGGCUGAGGGAGUGAAGAUAGGCAUUCAAGAGUGCCAACACCAGUUCAGAGGCCGGCGCUGGAACUGCACGACAAUCAACGACAAUUUGGCCAUCUUUGGACCGGUCUUGGACAAAGCCACUCGAGAGUCCGCUUUUGUUCAUGCCAUUGCCUCAGCAGGGGUUGCCUUUGCUGUGACCCGGGCUUGUGCUGACGGUUCAGCCACCAUCUGUGGAUGCGACACACGUCACAAGGGCCCCCCUGGAGACGGCUGGAAGUGGGGUGGCUGCAGCGAGGAUGUGGAAUUUGGAAGCAUGGUAUCCCGUGAGUUUGCAGACGCGAGGGAGAACCGCCCAGACGCACGUUCUGCCAUGAACCGCCAUAACAACGAGGCAGGAAGAAUGUCCCUCAACGACAACAUGUUUCUGAAGUGCAAGUGCCAUGGGCUCUCAGGCAGCUGCGAAGUCAAGACAUGCUGGUGGUCUCAGCCGGACUUUCGAGUCAUCGGCGACUAUAUGAAGGACAAGUAUGACAGCGCUUCUGAAAUGGUGGUGGAGAAGCACAAGGAGUCCCGUGGUUGGGUGGAGACGCUGAGACCCAAGUACAACUACUUCAAACCCCCUACAGAGCGCGAUCUGGUUUAUUAUGAAAGCUCGCCAAAUUUCUGCGACCCCAACCCAGAAACAGGUUCCUUUGGCACCCGGGAGCGCAUCUGCAACCUGACGUCCCACGGCAUAGACGGCUGUGACCUGCUGUGUUGCGGCAGGGGCCACAACACCAGAACUGAGAAGAGGAAGGAGAAGUGUCACUGUAUUUUCCACUGGUGCUGCUAUGUCAGCUGCCAGGAGUGUGUAAGAGUCUACGACGUGCACACCUGCAAAUAGACAUGUAGAGGUUUUCAAGAAUACUCAUCAGAAGCUGCCUUUGCGUUCUAUGCUGGGAUGCCACAAAGAGCUAGUCUCUGCCCAAAUCAGCUGACAGGUAUCCUGGAAGCAUCAUUCAUGAACUGCCAUGACUGGAGCUAUGUUGUAAAAGGUUUUGUAUGCUGAAGUAGGAACAAAGGACUGCUGGCAAAUUAACAAACACCAUAUUGGUGUUUUUCUUCUGUCAAUAGUAACUAUUUUUGUUAUGAAUUAAACAGCAUUGCAUUUGUUUUCCUCAAUGUUUGUUUAUCUUUUGAUUUUGCCACAAAAUACUUAAAAUUUACUUUACGAGAUACUCAACAGCAUGCAUUCCUCUCCUUGGUUUUAUUAGUAUGUUUCUGCCCAUGGGUUAACUAACAUGAUCAUAGUUUCAUAGUGUUAUUGAUGUUUAGGUAGGAAUGCACUUGCACCUCAGUGAAUGUAGCUGUUUGCUGUAACAUGUUUACAGAUCCUCACAUCCUUAAGCUAAUGUGUUUAUAUCUCAUUGAAUGACUAAUGUUUUCUGAGGGUAGCCAAAGUAGCCAAAUACUGCUAAACAACAGUGAAACCAGAGCAUAUUACCCACCCAAGAUUUUUCAAUGAGGUUCUGUUACAAGGUUAUAAGCAAUUUAUUUCUUACCUGUUGUACAUUAAUCUUUUUGGCAUCUAUAUUUAGAUUAAAUCCAUAUUAGUUGUACAGAAGGCAAAAGCUAAUGGCCACUCCAAGAGUGGCCAAGAAAAAAGGUGACUUCUAGCUUCUUAAAACAACUCCAAUGUUAAAAAAGCCAGAUUGGUAAAUGAAGUGCUGUUUUAUGCUCCUUUAAACCAGGUGUGUCUGUCACCUGGAGGGCAUUUUGCAGUUCUUGAAAUUAUUUUGUGUGGUUUCAGCCUAUAUUUUAUGAAUGAUCCACCAGCUCAGGCAGUUUAUGCUGAUGGACUUAAGUCCAUAUUUUACAGCAAUAUUUUUACUGAUUUUUAGAAAGGUUUUGGUGCAACUCAAAGUAAUUGUCUUUUAAUAGACAUGUUUUUCUUUUUUUUCAUGUUUAACUGAUUGUAAAUAGGACCACAAACAUUCACUUUUAUUUAAAAGCAAACCAUUCAUGAAACUAAUAGGGCAAAGAGUGAUUCUAUUCUUGCUGCUGAGAACAGGAUAAACAUUAAAAUAGAAACAAUCCAGUUUUGUUUAGUAAAAUUUGGAAAAUGUAUGCCUUUCAUUUAAUAAGGCAAAUGUGUGAGACCCUGUUAUUUUUUUAGAUGAUUUACAGAUCCAUCACGUACAAAAAUCAGUCUACUUUCUUUCAUUUAAUUUUAAUACAGAAAAAACAUGUCAGUAAAAUUCCAUCAUAUUUGGACUGGACAUAACAAUCGGCUUUUCUGUCAAUUGUUAACAUAAUGAUGGUUUCUAAAAUGGCAUUUCAGAUCAAGUUAAUUCAAUUCAGUUUAUCUACAUUGCGCAAAUUUACGAAUAUCGUAUGAAGACAUUUUAAAAGACAGAUCCAUUACAAAUCCGUAAAAGUAUAAUCAAGUCAGUCCAGUACAGUCCAAUCAAAUAGAUAGAUGGAAAUUUCAUCCAAUAUUUUCACAACAAUAGCACAAUGCAGCCAUAUUCAGUUUAGAAUGCAAAUUGGUAAAAAAUAAAAUAAAAUAAGAUGUCUAAAAAAGCCAUGCCAGUGAAUUGCCAGUGAAUUGCAUUGAGUCACUGACUUCUCUCCUAAUAAGCAACCAUGUGGCAACAAUAGACCGUGUAUUGCAUCGAGUCCUUAGCCUUGCUGCAAUCCUUCAUCCCAAGCAACGUUUUUGUGGCAAUUGAGAAAAAUGACUUUUUUUUUUUUACAGGAGAAACCUGCACCAGAACCUGGUACAGCAUGAGCAGUUAUCUGCCAUGAAGGAGGACCGUUAUAUGUUGAGAGGAAAGAUCAGACCCUCACAAAAAAACCAGACAUUCUGGUCCAAGAGUACUUUUUAUGUUAAUGAAAAACUGAGAACACAAAGUCUGAAUAUAAAGCUAUUACUUUUUUCAGAUUGAAGUUUUUUUAAGAUAAUGGAUGCCAACUUUUUGUCUCCCCUAUCUUAAAUUAGCAGUUAGGUAGAAAUAAAGAUGGUACUAAAGUCAUGUACUGCAGGUAAGAUAUUAAUUUUAACCAAACCCCAAUUCAAAAUUUCGAAAUUGUCCCUUUAAAGGUUUUCAGAAGAUCUACAAGAUCAGUUGAGAAAUAUGAAGAUUUCUCUCCCUGGUUUUGACAGUAUUAGCAAAGUCUCAUGUUAUCUGAUUUGGAGAAAACUGGUAUUUGUGAAAGGGAUCUGCAAUGUAUGGUUUAGACUUGCAGGUUGUUUUUAUUUUCAAACAAUCAGAAGGACGCUCUCACGCAAGAUAAAGGUAAAAAGAUAAAGGUAAAAAUAACAAUAAAACACACAUAAACAUGUAAUGUAAGCUCUGUGUUAUGCAGUUUAUUUUGUAGUUGCUGUAAAAUAAUGACCAAAGCCUUUGUUUGUAAUGAUUCCUAGGUAUGGCUUCCUGUUCCCCAAACCUAACAAUGAGCAGCAUCACUGAAGCUAUCAAUACUUCCAUAUUUUAUUGCUGCUAAGGUAACAUAAGUUCAUGUGUUUGUUUGUUUAUUAACUUACAUAGAAUACAUUUUCCUGUGUGAUCUAUCUGUAUUCAUUGCAUGUACUGAUUCUUUCUGUGAAAGAAAACUGUUUAUAGUAGUUAAAAAUGUGAAAAAUGUGUUUGACAAAUUCUUGCUUAAAGUAAUACAAAUGUAACUAAAUAGAAUAAAAUAGAUUUUGCUUUUUUAUUGUUUUUAUGUUUCUGGUUAUGGUAAAUAUUAGGUCAACAGGGUGGCCUUGAUGUACACAAACACUGUAAUAUAGGGCUGAAUUCAAAUGCAUGAUAAAAAUAAAAUGAAAAUAAAAAUAAAUCAGCAAAGUAGAAGACAUUUAGGACAGCAGAACAGAUUCAGGUCAUUUUGCCCCCUUGUUUUUUCAUACUUUUGCAGUUUUGGAGUUUUUGUGUUUACAUUUUUCAGGUCAGAAAUGGAGUUGGUGGAAAUUGGAUUUCUUAAUCUGGCGAAUCAGUUUGCACCUUCCUUAGGAUAGUAAUUUUCCAUAAUCUUUUUAUAGUCUACUGUAAGAAAAUUAGGGUUUCUGACACCAAUACCAAAUGUAUAGCAUGAACUGGUGCUCAGAAUACAUGCUUUACAGUUAUAGGAGUUUUCAUGGUUUGCUAUUUUUAGAACAUGAUAUGCAUUUUUAUAAAUACAUUUUAAUUCAUCAAAGUACCAAGUACCAAAAAAAACUCAAAUUGAUAGGAAAUGGCAGAUAGAUAUGAAAUGAAAGUAUGAAUGAAUCAAGGGGUGGAUAGACCAAGAGAGAAUAGGCCAUAAACAUUUAAACAAAAACACUAUGUCAACAAACAUAACAUGUUAACACAUUUAAAAUGAUACAACAAAAAUGUUUCCCCUUCUUUUUUUUUUUUUUGAUUUGUUGAAACUUUCAUUGCUUUUUAGUUGUCCUACUUCAUCAACUGUGUUACCUGUUUUAAAUAUAUUUUGCAAGAUGUUGUUGUCUUCUAUGUUGUAUUUUUAUUAUUCCAGAAAAUCUUUGUUCAUUUUUUUAUGUUUGAAUUUUGUUGAAUUUUGUUGUGUUUUGCUCCUGAUGAUAUUUGUAAAGCAGAUUCAUAGACAUUAUCUGGAUUGAUAUCAGAAGAAAUACAGAAUAUUUAUUUAUCUGGGAAUACCGUUGAAUACUGAGAUGAAUAUUGAAACACACAGCAUCGUGUUUGCUAUUUCACCUCGUCUAGUCUCUCAGCUGUGGUGAAAAGUGUAAAAUCUCUAUAAAACGAUGUUUAAUAAAACAUGUUUACAGUGUAAUACUACUGUUUGUCUCAGGCUUUUAUUCAGCCUGGGACAAAACUGAAAAUAUAAAUUAACAAGUAUAAUCAGUUUUACUUUUAAAUCAUUCUUAAUCAACAACAGGACAACCACUAUCAGUGCAUGAUCUGGAAUUAAUCAUGGCAUUGAUUAACAUACACUUUAUAUGUGAGCAACUGCUUGUGUGGAGAAUGUGAUUCUGUUCUAUGUUUUUAAGUCUUUUAAAUCCAAAGUUUUUGUACAAACUAGUUCUCGGAUUUUAUGAAUUUCUAAGGUUUGAUGGUUUUUUUUUAUAAUUAUUUAUUACAUGCCAUGUACAUAUUAGUGAGUAAAAGUAUAUAUUUGCAGAAAUGUGUUCUUGAAGCAGUGUUGUGACUGUAGCAUUUUUACCUCAUCUCUUUUUUCCCUUGACAGGUGUGAUCCUAGUGCCUGUAAUAGAUUUCUAAAUGUCAACUCUGUAACAUAAAAAAUAAAAAAGACUGGACUCUG